ACCUCACAAGAAAGGGUUAUUUUGGACUUACCCAUUGCCAAAAGACGAAAACUUGAGGAGAUCUUUCCCAUGAAGAAGGGAGCAGAUAUUGCACAGAUGGAAGAUGUUUUUGAUGUAAUGACACAGGAGGAGAUUAAAAACUGGAAAGUUAGGCAUGCUCUUAAGUCACUGCAAGCAACUCCUUUUUUCCAGUCAGAGCUAGGUCAAUGUAUGUAUUCAUAA